AUGGCGGAUCCGGGGAACAAGAAUCGUCUGCAAAAUUUCAAGAACAAAGGAAAAGAUCAAGAUGAAAUGCGAAGGAGAAGGACCGAGGUUACUGUAGAACUUAGGAAAAAUAAACGCGAGGAGACUUUACAAAAAAGGCGUAAUGUUCCAGUUGUUGAUUCAACCGAUGAAGAUGAUAUUGAAAAAUCUUUAUCAAAUACUAAUCUUGAACAGUUAGUACAACAAGCUGCGAUAGAUGAUAAUCCUUCUGUGCAGUUAAUGGCAGUUCAAUCUGCUAGAAAGCUGCUCUCUUCAGAUAGAAACCCUCCUAUAGAUGCUCUGAUAGCGAGUGGGAUCCUACCUAUACUUGUAAAAUGCUUAGAAAGACAAGAUAACCCUUCUUUACAGUUUGAAGCAGCUUGGGCAUUAACAAACAUCGCAUCGGGAACAUCAGCACAAACAAAUAAAGUGGUAGGAGUAGGUGCAGUUCCACUUUUCCUCAUGUUACUUCAUUCUCCCCAUCAAAAUGUAUGUGAGCAAGCUGUUUGGGCAUUAGGAAACAUAAUAGGUGACGGACCUAUUCUUAGAGACUAUGUUAUAGAAUUGGGUGUUGUAGACCCCCUGUUAUCUUUCAUAAAACCUGAAAUACCUAUUUCGUUCUUAAGAAAUGUAACUUGGGUCAUUGUGAAUCUCUGCAGAAACAAAGAUCCUCCUCCACCUAUACAUACAAUAGAAGAACUUCUACCUGCUCUUAAUGCUCUGAUUCAUCACACAGAUGUCAAUAUUCUAGUAGACACAGUUUGGGCUCUUAGCUAUCUGACUGACGGCGGCAACAAUCAAAUUCAAAUGGUAAUAGACAGUGGCGUAGUGCCCAAACUAAUUCCCUUACUCAGCCACAAAGAAGUCAAAGUGCAAACUGCCGCCCUACGUGCCGUCGGUAACAUUGUAACCGGAACUGAUGAGCAAACGCAAGUCGUAUUGAACUGCGACGCUCUGAGUCACUUCCCUAAUCUACUGAUACACCCAAAAGAGAAAAUUUGCAAGGAAGCCGUAUGGUUUUUGUCGAAUAUUACUGCCGGUAAUAGGUCGCAGGUCCAGGCCGUCAUCGAUGCAGGUCUCCUUCCAAAAAUAAUUCUCAACCUCAGCAAAGGAGAUUUCCAAACACAGAAAGAGGCCGCUUGGGCCAUCAGCAAUCUAACGAUAGGCGGUUGCAAAGAACAAGUGGCUCGGCUCAUACAGGAGGGAGUCAUACCUCCGUUCUGCGAUCUCCUUAACUGCAAGGAUGCCAUGGUUAUACAGGUCGUUCUCGACGGUAUUAACAAUAUGCUCAAAAUGGCGGGCUCUCAGGUCGAACAACUGUGCACCAUGAUCGAGGAAUGCAACGGUUUGGACAAGAUUGAGGCCCUCCAAAAUCACGAUAAUAUCGAUAUCUACAAGCUGGCGUACGAGAUUAUCGAACAAUUUUUCGGAGGAGAGGAGGUUGAAGAUUCUAACGUGGCGCCGUCUACAGGCGAAUCAGGCUUCACGUUCGAUCCGAACACAAACGUCCCGAACGACGGUUUCAAGUUUUGA